GAAGGGGGGGGGGGAAGGAGGGGGAGCCUUCAAAGUAGCCGCGAUUCGUCUCGGUUUGACAAGGCGCCCGUGAGCUUCGCCCCUGCAAGGGCGGCGGGGCCGGGGGCGCGGAGCGGCGCGGAGCGGAGCGGGCCGGUGCGCAUCCCGCAGCGGCGCGCGGGUGGAUCCCGCCGGGUGGAUCCCGCCGCCCCUUCAGGAGCCGGCGGUGCCAGUCCCCGCCGCUUUCAAGAAGCUGAGAGGAGGAGCGCGGGGGCUCCGAACCUGCCGUCCUGGGGAAGUGCUGCAGCAAUAUUGCAAUUGCCCUUUAAAUAGCAAGGAAAAAAAAAAAAAAAAAAAAAGGAAAAAAAAAAAUAUGAAGGCGCUUAAAUACCUCCUGCCAAAAGUAAAGAGCAAAUCUCAGUUGCAAUGGCUCUGCUAAAACUUGAUCAUGCGGGAUUUCAAGCGAUAAAGAGCUGCCGGGCUUCUAUUUACUGCGGUGGAAACAAGUUGCAGGAUGAUAUCCAGGCAUUAAGGGACCUAUUUUCCACUUCGUUGUUAGCAAAGGAAUCUACUGAAAUGACUUUGAGGAUCUUUAAAUUGGAACUAUGUGGCGGGAGAAUGCACCCCCCUUUGCCUGUCUCCGUGUCCGCGUAGCUGCCCUCCCGGGACGCGAUGUCGCUCGCAGGCUGCGGCGGGGAUCACGCGUCCGGCCAGCGGCGCGGAGGCCGCCCCUGAGCCCGGGCACCGAGGGGCGCGACAUGCCCGCGGUCGCGACAUGCCCUGCACCGCCACCGCCAGCACCGGCACCCGCCGCUCCGUCUCCUGAGGCGCUGGGGGAUAAAGCUGGCAAAGAUGAGGAAAAUUGGCUGUGCGCUCCUGGUACUCCAAGCUCUUCUGGCACCUUUGGAUCUUGUUUGUGGAGCAGAGAAAAGUUAUCCCAUCCUGAACAUUGCAGUGAUUCUGGGAAGGACCAAGUAUAUCACAGAGAGAGAUAUCAGAACUCUCUGGACCAGGGAAAUGUCAGCAGACCUGACUGUUGAUGUCAAUGUAGUGACCGUUCUGGUGAACCAGACUGACCCUAAGAGCAUCAUAACACAUGUUUGUGACUUGAUGUCAGGCACCAAGAUCCAUGGAGUGGUUUUUGGAGAUGAUACUGAUCAGGAGGCAGUAGCUCAGAUUUUGGAUUUUAUUUCAUCUCAGACUUCCAUUCCAAUUCUUGGAAUUCAUGGUGGGGCCUCCAUGAUAAUGGCAGAUAAGGAUGUGAUGUCCACAUUCUUCCAGUUUGGGGCUUCCAUCCAGCAAGAAGCCAUCAUCAUGCUGAAGAUCAUGCAGGAUUAUGACUGGCACGUGUUCUCUCUGGUGACCACCACAUUCCCUGGAUAUCGAGACUUCAUCAAUGUCAUUAAGACCACAGUGGAAAACAGUUUUGUGGGCUGGGACAUGCAGAACGUCAUUGUACUCGAUACCGCCUUUGGAGAUGCCAAGACCCAAAUUCAGCUGAAGAAAAUUCAUUCAUCUGUCAUCCUGCUAUAUUGUUCCAAGGAUGAAGCUGUCUACAUACUGGAUGAAGCUCGUUCCCUGGGCCUUACUGGCUACGAUUUCUUCUGGAUAGUUCCCAGCCUGGUUAGUGGUAACACAGAAAUCACUCCCAAAGAGUUUCCUUCAGGACUCAUUUCAGCAUCUUACGAUGAAUGGGACUACAGUUUAGAAGCUCGGGUACGGGAUGGCCUUGGGAUUAUUGCCACUGCUGCAUCAGCCAUGCUCGAAAAAUACUCCUUCAUUCCUGAAGCAAAAACUAGCUGCUAUGGACAACUGGAGAAAAAUGACCGGCCAUCUCACACCUUGCACAAGUUUAUGAUGAAUGUGACUUGGGAAGGUAAAGAUUUGUCCUUCACAGCGGAUGGUUAUCAGGCACACCCCAGGCUCGUGGUGAUAGUACUGAACAAUGAUCGCAAAUGGGAAAAGGUGGGGAAAUGGGAGAACAACUCACUGAGCCUGAAGUACUCUGUCUGGCCAAGGUACAGCUCUUUCGCAGACAGCGAACCAGAUGAUAACCAUUUGAGUAUUGUCACGCUGGAGGAGGCUCCGUUUGUCAUUGUUGAGGAUGUGGAUCCUUUGAUGGAAAGCUGCCAAAAAAACACUGUGCCAUGUCGUAAAUUUGUCAAAAUUAACAACUCAACUAAUGAGGGAACUAAUGUAAAGAAGUGCUGCAAAGGAUUCUGCAUUGAUAUCUUGAAGAAGUUGUCUAAAACUGUCAAGUUCACAUAUGACCUGUAUUUGGUGACUAAUGGGAAGCAUGGCAAAAAAGUCAAUAAUGUGUGGAAUGGAAUGAUUGGUGAAGUGGUAUACCAUCGUGCAGUUAUGGCUGUGGGGUCUCUCACUAUUAAUGAAGAGCGCUCUGAAGUGGUUGACUUUUCAGUACCAUUUGUUGAGACUGGGAUUAGUGUCAUGGUGUCACGGAGCAAUGGCACAGUUUCACCAUCUGCUUUUCUAGAACCUUUUAGUGCUUCUGUCUGGGUGAUGAUGUUUGUGAUGCUUCUCAUUGUGUCCGCCAUGGCUGUCUUUAUAUUUGAGUACUUUAGUCCUGUAGGAUAUAACAGGAACUUAGCACAAGGGAGAGAUCCCCAUGGGCCAUCCUUUACCAUUGGAAAGGCAGUGUGGUUACUCUGGGGCUUGGUAUUCAACAACUCUGUGCCUGUGCAAAACCCCAAAGGGACAACAAGUAAAAUCAUGGUGUCGGUUUGGGCUUUCUUUGCUGUCAUUUUCCUGGCCAGUUAUACUGCCAACUUAGCUGCAUUUAUGAUUCAAGAGGAAUUUGUUGACCAAGUGACUGGACUGAGUGAUAAAAAGUUUCAAAGGCCACAUGAUUAUUCACCUCCUUUUCGAUUUGGAACAGUCCCAAAUGGAAGCACAGAGAGGAAUAUCAGAAACAACUACCCUGAUAUGCACCUUUACAUGACGAAGUAUAAUCAGAAAGGAGUUGAAGAUGCCUUGGUCAGCUUGAAAACUGGGAAGUUGGAUGCUUUCAUCUAUGAUGCAGCGGUGCUGAAUUACAAGGCUGGAAGAGAUGAAGGCUGCAAACUUGUCACAAUAGGGAGUGGAUACAUCUUUGCCACUACAGGCUAUGGAAUAGCACUUCAGAAAGGAUCACCUUGGAAAAGACAAAUUGAUCUAGCCCUCCUUCAGUUUGUUGGAGAUGGGGAAAUGGAAGAGCUAGAAACCCUAUGGCUGACAGGUAUUUGCCACAAUGAGAAGAAUGAAGUCAUGAGCAGCCAGCUGGACAUUGACAACAUGGCAGGAGUGUUUUACAUGCUUGCAGCAGCCAUGGCACUCAGUUUAAUAACCUUUGUCUGGGAGCACUUAUUUUACUGGAAACUUAGAUUCUGCUUCACAGGAGUCUGCUCGGAUAGGCCUGGAUUGUUGUUCUCAAUCAGCAGGGGUAUUUACAGCUGCAUUCAUGGAGUACACAUUGAAGAAAAAAAGAAAUCUCCUGACUUUAGUUUGACCAAUUCCCAAACCAACAUGUUGAAACUACUGCGAACAGCGAAAAAUAUGACCAAUAUCAAUCCUUCAAGAAUUAACUCCCCCAAAAGAACAGCUGAUUUCAUUCAGAGGGGUUCCUUGAUUAUGGACAUGGUCAUGGAUAAGGGAAACUUGAUCUUUUCUGAUAACAGAUCCUUUCAGACAAAGGACAACAUUUUUGGUGACAACAUGAGUGAACUACAGACACUUCCUGGCAAUCGACACAAGGACAAUCUUAACAACUAUGUUUUCCAAGGCCAGCAUCCUCUCACACUGAAUGAGUCCAAUCCAAACACAGUAGAGGUUGCAGUAACAGCAGAAACAAAAGUGAACUCCAGACCCAGGCAGCUUUGGAGAAAAUCUGUUGAAUCUUUACGUCAAGAAUCUGUACGUCAGAGCCAAGGUUCCCAAAGAGAAAACGGGUCAGAUGAAAACAGGCAACUUUCACUGAAAAGCCAAAGAUACCUUCCUGAAGAGAUUGUCCAUUCAGAUGUAUCAGAGACAUCAAGCCGAGCUACUUGCCAUAUGGAACCUGAAAACAACAACAAGCACCACAAAACCAAGGACAAUUUUAAAAAAAGGACAGUAGCAUCAAAAUACCCAAAAGACUGUAGUGAAGUGGAACUGACAUAUCUGAAAACCAAACAGAGCUCUCCACGGGAUAAAAUCUACACGAUUGAAGCUGACAAGGAGCCAGGAUUCCGCUUGGACACACCUCAGUACGUCGAAAACAUUGUCCUUCCAGAAACUAUAGAGCUUCCUGAUGUUUAUCAAGAUCACAACGACAACUACAGGAAAGCAGAACAUGCUAACAGGACUCCUUUGCAUAAUGAAGACAGUCUUCCAAAUAAUGACCAGUAUAAACUUUAUGCAAAGCACUACACUUUAAAAGAUAAAAAUGCUUCCCUAGUUGACAUGAACGAUAGAUACAGACAGAAUUCCACCCACUGCAGGAGCUGUCUUUCCAAUCUGCCCACUUAUGCGGGACACUAUUCGAGCAGAUCUCCCUAUAAAUGCGACGCAUGCUUGCGGAUGGGGAACCUCUAUGAUAUUGAAGAAGAUCAGAUGCUGCAGGAUACAACGAACUUAUCACUUCCUGAAGAAAUAUAUCAGCAUAGUUGGUCACAAAAUAAUGCUCUGCAAUAUCAUAAAAAAAAUAAGCUGAGGAUUAGCAGGCAACAUUCUUUUGAUAAUAUCGCUGAUAAAUCCAGGGAAAUUGAUAUUGGAAGACCUUCUCGUAGUAUAAGCUUGAAAGAAAGAGAGAAAUUUCUACAAAGUAGUCCGUAUGCAAGCAUGUUUAGUGUUCCCUCAAGCAAACUGUUGAGCAACAAGGCCUCACUUUUAGCUCACACUCUAGAGGACAGUAAGAGGAGCAAGUCCCUGUAUCCUGUUCACUCAGAUGAUAAUCCCUUUCUGCACUCGUAUCCUGAUGACCAGCACUUAUCUCUUCGGCGAAGUCCAGCUGAUUUUUAUAAACAUUCAUUACCAACAAGAGGAAGAAAUGAUAAUUAUUUAAGGUCAUCCAUAAAGUCUACAGCAUCAUACUGUUCCAGGGAUGGUCGGAUCCAUAAUGACAUGUACAUUUCAGAGCAUGUUUUGCCUUAUGUUGCAAAUAGGAAUAGCUUGUACUCAACUCCAAGGGUUUUAAAUUCCUGUAGCAAUAGACGUGUGUAUAAGAAAAUGCUUAGCAUUGAAUCAGAUGUUUAAAUUUUCCAUGAACGCUUUAUCUAUAGGGAAAAAAUAGUUGCCACCAUCUUAGAGGGAGAAUUUAUCCUAUAACUCUAUCCUGCUAUGGUAAAUGAUACAUAAACCUCUCCCUUUCCCAAUGUACUUUUGUACAUGAAUAGGUAAACUAGUAUGCUCUUAAAUAUCCUUUUAAAAUAUGUCUUGUUGAAAAGGAUAAAACCCAGCCAUUUAUGUAUGCUUUAUAUAUAAAUGGCAAGCUGUACUGAAAUAGCCCCGAUAUAUGUUGGCAACUAUGCUGUUUUGUAUCUAAUUAUUUUCCUAUUUAGGUUAUUCUAAUUUAUGUUGCUAUCAUUCAAUGUACUUCUGUCCUUAGAAAUGUUCAAUGAUUUUCUAGUACUGGUUGAGCAAUAUGGUAUGCAUGUAGUAUGACACAGACAAAAGAAUUAGGAAUGCAUUUGCAGAGUUUCAAAAGUAAGACUCUAAAUGAGAACAGAAAGCUAGACUUCCAAAAUAUAAUUUAGCUUCAUAAUAAUUUUCAAAGCCAAAUAAUAAUUAGAAAAACCCCAAACCCCAGGACCUUAAUAAAUAAGAUACAGUGUGUUAGCACAAAAUUAUCAUGUUCAUUCUAGACUAACAGAAAAUAAAUGGGAAGGCUGUAGACAUGUGAAACAUCUGAACUGCUGUGUACCAGAAGGAAGCCCCAUGGAUAUUGGUUAAUGUUAAUGUACAAAUGCUUUUCUUAUAUUUCACAUGCACUUACCAUUACAAGCUAAGUUCAUUGAAAAGUCUGCAGUCAUCUUGUUAGAAAUUUCACAGCUGCCUAAUCCAGAGUAUAUAUUUUUAGAUAUUACUAUAUGGCACUUAAUAUGGAGCUGUGGACUUUUAUUAGUAACCUUGAGGCCUACUAUGUACGUAAGUUUGCAUUUGCCCCUUACUGGUGAUUACUCAGGGCUGUAUAGUAUUUCUUUUAUUCCUUCACUUCCCAAUCCAAAUCCCAACCCACUGUAGUUCUUUGUUCAUAGUGUAUUAGUGACAUCUAAUUAAUUGUAUGUUAAUAGUAUUAAAGCUGUUAAUACAGUAUCAAACACCGACAGCCAUAAGUUCAGUGUAAUCAGUGAGGAGUGCAAUACCAUUUAUUUGCAUAUGCAGCAAAGGAUUAACACCUUUUGAGGGACUUCUUCCUUCCAGAAUAUUGUGCAUAUAUGUCAAACAUAUGACCAUUUUUUUUAACCUCUUCAAUCAAGUCUGUUAUAUAAAUUGAAUAUAUGCACACAUAACUAAGGAACAGUGUCUUUAUUAUCACUUACUGGUAUAUAAAGAUACAUAACAGGGAUGCAUUGUUAUAUGACUUUUACUUCUAGUAAAGGUCAAUCAGAUUAUUUCACAAAUAAAAUGUCUGCUACACACCCUUCCUCUCCCCCACUGGAAAAAAAAAAAAAACAAACCCCACAAACAAAAAACACUAGAUUUUUCAUCAUAAGGGAGUGUGGAAGGAAAGAGAGGAAGCCUUUCAUGAAUACAGUGUACAGCUGUAAAUUUAAUUUAAACUGAAGAAGUAAAUAUAAUGGCUAAUAUAUUUAAAUACUGAAAGGAUUCAACAGGUGGUGCUCUCCCAUUCUCCUUCCACUCUGAGUAUUGCUUUAGGUUUUUUGUGUAGAGGAAGUUUAGAUUAUUCAAGCAUUAUUCCCUACAUUUCACUGAAGAACAGUGAACAGGGAAACCAUCACCACUGUGAAUUGGAAAAUGUGACUAUUACCCCAAGUUUUCCCUAAACUCUUUUCAACAGAAUCAUGCCUGUAAGCUGUAACUGUAGUAUCUGCAUGCCAGAGGUACAGUAUGCAAGUUGUUUAAUUUGGAACAGCAUACCGCAGAGCAGAGUUGCAAAUGGGAGAUAAUAGAAAUCAGGUAUAGGGAUAGACAAAAUAUAACUUCUUAAGUUUUGUUUAUAUUUUUUUUUAUUAAACAGAUUUAGGCUGACUUUAACUACCAAACAGUCCAUAAUGAGUUCCUGGUAUUUACAAAUGUAUUUAUACCUUCACCGUGAUGGUGAAGGAUGAUAUUUUUUGAAGUAAUUAAAUGCCAUGAGACUUGGGAUUCAGAGUCCCUUUCUAGAUUCCAAAAAUCUCAGUAUACUUUAUUAUAAAUAUGUUCAGAAAGCAUAGCUAUGGGUAUCUGCAAGCUGUCCAGAACAAAUACGUUUUGAGUAUUCUUUAUUCAGCAUUUGGUCACAAUUAUUGGCCCUGAUUCACAUGGUAUGCUUUCUGGUUCCUCACUGGAUAUAGUUUUUAUCAACAGAAGAUCCUUACCUGCCCUUAGAGAGAUUCACAUUUCUUAGGAAUAGUUGUAUGAGCUAAGCAGGGCUAGGGUUUUUAUGGGAUGAACACUACUUUUCAUGAAAUAAAGCCUUUUCCCAAAGACACAGUUAUACUAUUUGUCUUAGGUCUACAGGAAGGCAAAUGCACUAAAGGCAUGAAUAUUGUUAUAAUGAGUUUAAUAAAAAUAUUUCAGGUAAAUUUUAAUUUCCAAUCCAAAUCAUAGUGUAUUAAGUAAAAUUUUAAGUAUUUUGAAGUAUCUGGUGUGUUUCAGCAGAUACGGUAUUUGCUGAUAUCUUAUUGCCAUGAUAUCAUACUGCCAGUUUUGAUAUCAAAACUGCCAUCCAAGUCACUGAGAAUUUUACCAAGUGAAUAGUAAAGCUCAGUGGUGGCUCUUGUGUUUCGUAUCAUCUUAUAGCUCUCAAAAUAUUUGCUGAUCACUCCAAGUCUUUUGUAUCAUCAUCUCUAUCUAACUAGACACAUAUAAUUCAAUAUAUGUAUAAGUACUGUAUGUAAAGUUGUGGGAAGGAAAAAUUCCCAUUUGCAACAUUUGCAAAGUAAACUGUUGAGAUCCAAAUGUAAACAUCCUAAACCCAGGUGGAUUUAUCCUUCUGUGAAAUGUACAAGCAAAUUAGGUAUAAAGAAAUAUAUUACAAUGUUUGCUUUUUCUGAAUUGAGCAGAUUUCUGGUGCCUGUAGAGAUUUAUUAUUAUUAGCUGCAGAUAUGCAAUACAACCACCUCCCCUAAACCAAAACAAAUUAAAGAGACAGAGGGAAGAUUUGAUAAUGUUGCACAGCAGUUGUUCACAUGGAAAUAAAAGAUGCUGCCUUAAAGAAGAAAAAAAAAAAAAACAGAUACUGAAAGUAGAGGGAAUAAGAAUCUGCAUGCAUUUGUUGUUUUGAUCUUGGUAUGUAAUAUGAUUGAAUAAAGGGGGAAGAAAAGGCCAAAGUGUAGGGCUGUAGGAAAGUAGCUGGUGUGGUUGCAGAUGUAUACGUGUAAAGAAGAAGGAGCUGAGAAGUUGAAGAACAAUCUUCAACAGUAGAGCCACAAGCCACAGCUUGUGAGUCUCAGCCAUAGAGUGCGUGGAAUUCUGAAUAUUGCCUGAGCUUUGUUGAUAUAUUUGCACUGAUUUUCAAUUAAACUGAGAUCAAGACUUUCUGUAUUUCCCUCUCUCUCACUCUAGCUGCUGCUAUUCUUGAAGAGGAGAAAAGAAUCUUCCUGCAUAAAUGGCCAUCCUUUCUGUACCUUUCUGGAUGGUGCUGGUGACUUGUUACAUUUUCCUGAUUACAGCUCUAGCAGUUUGUUGGUCAUUCCUAUCACCAAGAUUUCCUGUGACUCCAGCUGGAACUGAAUCAGGCUGUAAAUGAUAUGGGCCAUUCUUGGUAGCAUGUCCUGUAGUGUUACACUGCUCCUGGACGACAACUUUUAUGGAGGCAGGAUAUUGAAUUGCUGAGGAGUGGAGUAGGUACAUGGAGGUAAAAACAGCUACAUAGACAUACCUGCCUCUUGCUUUUUUCCUCUUUUAAAGACAUUGUAGAAUUUCUUCAUGUUUUUGUCUUUCCCUUUUCACCACAGUAAAUUUUCUUUUUUCCUUUCAAAUGGAUUUUGUGUUCUGCUUGUGUUUUUUAGAGCAGUGUAGUCACCCAGUAACUUAAACGCAUGAAAAUAAGAUAUUUUAAUAGAUAAGAUAAAAUUAAGGAAAAUUAAGAGUUUUUGUAUUUCUGGAAAAUUUCAUUUAAUGUUUUUGCAACUUUUGCUCAGAAUUCAUUAUUCUGCAAUCUAAGAAGCUUGGUUAGGAGAAAAAGUGCUGUGGACAAACAGAGAUGAAAUCAUCACCAGCUCACUGUGUUUUGGCAGUAUCUCAUAAAUACAUACUUCUCUGUGAUCUUUCAGAAACACUUAGGAGGUGAAAUAAGGCUUACAAGGGAAAUCGGGAGUGUGGUUUUUUUCCUGGUGAAAUCUUUCUACAGUUUUAAAGGAAGCAAAAGCUAGAGCUAGAGCUGUGCGUGUAGCUUUGGGUUUCUGUGCUGGAAGGCUAAGUUCUUUCUGUUGCCAGUGGGCAGAGAGAGAGAAAGCUCCCUCGGGAUGGUAGUUCAGCGCACUGGAGGUUUGGGAGUGAUGUGUGUGAUGUGUCCUGAAAGAUUUUCCCUCUCUGUUGACUUUUUAAAAAGUAUAGGCCCAUAAUUUAGACAUCCCAGUUGGGCUUAGGAAAAUAAUGGUCUAUUUAUCCCCAGUCUCAAAAAUCUGCUAGUUAAAUCUGCAAGUGAGUACCACAUUAAACCUUGCAGGUGCAGUUAGGUUCCUGUGCUUACUGCAAGUAGUUCCUAAGGAAACACCUGGGUUUGUGGGUUCUGCAGUACUCCCAGCCUCGUUGGUAUCCAUUUUCUUUGUAUCAUGUGACUAUCCAGCAUGAAAUAAAAGUGUCAAAAUCUAUUCCUUGUAGAAUAUCUUGCUAUUUUCCAAUUCCUGCAGUGUAGCCUAUGUAUCUUAGUGAUGGGGAAGAUUUUGUUACUAUUCCUUCCCUUGCUGGGUUCAUCAAUGUAGAACAGGAAUUGUGGUAUGAGUCUAAGUGUCUAAGAGUUAGCUUGGAUUUAGGAAGAAUUCAAGAGGUGAAUCUUUUUGUUUUACAUUGCAUUUAAGAGGUUUGAUAUAUAAAACCUAGUAAAAACAGAUCUUUUAUUGCAAAAUCCUCUCUUUAUGUAGAACAGUAACUAUCCUGUGGUUUGGCUAGAUUGUGUUAAGUGUCAAUCAUCGCAUCAUGUGCUUCUUUCAAGGUGCAGUAUCGUAUAUCCCUUGCUAAACUUUCCUAGUUGUAGUCCUAUCUUAGAUCAAAAGUCCUUUAAAAGUAGAUAUUUUCCUGUAUAGGGCAAUUUGAUUUGCAACAUAAAACCAGUUUUCCAGUGCUAUACUUAAAUUGUUUGUUUUUCCAAUGUUAUUUUUUUAAUCUAAACUUCUUUCCUAUUGGGAGCUGAGACUUCAAAGUGUAACAGCGCUGAAGGAUCUUCUGAAAGACCAUAAAGCCCUUUUAAAUUAUGAUCUAUGGUAUGAGCCAUUUCCCUGCCCAAACUCACCUGUAUUGUCUUAUUUAAAUGUAUUAGCAACAUGUUAGUAUUUACUAUCACCAAGAGGGAGCAUAGUUUAAUCACAGCUGUGUAUUUAUUUGUGGACUUAAAUGCAAGUACAGAGAGGUGUAUGGUAUGAUAGAGGAAAGGCUCAACCUGCUCUGGCUGGAGUCACCUGUGAAGCUGUGGUUAAAUGAGAGUAGCCUCAAGACCGUCACGUCUCUUACAUCACUCCAAUCAUGCAGACUUCUCUGUCUGAUGUGCACAUACUGUACAUAGUGUAAAAUUCUUGUUGAUGCUCAGCUUUCAUUGUGGAAUUAAUCCCGUGUUCACCUUCAUUACAGUGUCGCAGUGAUGUGUGUGGGUUGGAGAGGUGGUUGAUUGUGUUCUAUGGUGUCUGUUGCCCUGUUAAAUGGGAGCAGAAAUCCUGCCUUGCUUCUCUCUGCUCUGCUGGGGAGGGUUACCGCACUCCUUGUAAAUAGGCUUCUCAUUGAUUUCACCUGUCAAGCUUUUAUUUUUUUUUUCUCCUGCUUCUCUCAACCUAUGUACAGAGUAUGCUCUUUAAAAAUACAUGCUCUUCCAAUGUCCUGCAACUUUGGAAGUCAGAAUUACAAGUGUGCAUCACCCUGCAAUGCAGUGAAAAUGCACUGCGUUCUUCUCGCAGGUUCAUACUGCAGAAUAUAACUGCUGUGGUUGAAACUGUUUGAGGUUUUUUUUUUUGGUUUUUUUUUUUUUUUUUUUUAAAUGAAUGCCAGUCUAACAACUGUAAGAAUCCACUGCUGAUUUUGUGAUGAUUUUGUCAUAUCUGUAAUUUAAGAACCAGAAAUAAUAUAAGUAAAAUUAAGUUACCUCACUAUUUACCAGGUUUUUGUUGUUUUGCACUUAAAUGACACUUUUUACUCCUUUUGCUUAAUUCUUUACCUGUAUUGAAAACAGUGCUAAAUUAGUAGAGAAUAUAACCAUGCUGUAACAUUGUCAUGCGAUACCUUUAUUAGUAGAUAACCACACAAAAUAUAGUAUUACAUAUUUAAGAGAGAUGGUUUUGACUCUCCAACUCUUCAAAAGUAGUGGUGAUAAGCAGUUAUACUUCUAGAUGUUUUGUCCCUUCCCUUUUGUAUUAGUAUUUGUUUUCGCUAGUAUAUUUCAAAAAUUAUAUUUCUAUGUGCACGUUAGAAAACUGUGAAAAUAAAUACCAAUAAAUAUUGUGAUACUUAUUCAGUGCACUGUAAAGUUCCAAGUGAGAUGAUACUUUGCUUGGGAAUUGAUGGAGGUUUCCUCACUUCUCAUAAAUGGUACUAAGCUUUAAUGUGGUCAAAUGGUAAUAUUUACAGUGACAUAAAAUUUUAAUGGAGAAUGUCUUGAUUUGCACUUCUAGUAAAAUUAGAAGAAAUGAUAUGUUUUUCUCAGCAAAUGCAUUAUGAGAAUACAUUUUUAAAAUUUGUUUUGUGCAUUGUAGUACAUAAGAAUAGCUGUUUUGAAGGGAUUUGUGUUACAUUAUUACUACAGGAUUUUUCAGUCUGAUCAUUUUUUAUUGACCCCGUUUAAUAAUGGUGUUUAAUGGCAAAAACCUUUUGGCAGUAUAUUUUGGCUUCUGUUCCACAUCACAAGCCCUGUAUUUGAACUCACAGGGAUGCAGUUGAAGGCCCUCACGAGGUUGCCGUGCCUUCCCAUGAUGCUGGGGAAGGAGACCUUUCUUGUUCACUGUUGGGACAAGAUUAGAGGAGUUGAGAAAAAUUUUGGAGGAUGUGUUGUGCAACAUUUAAAGUGUAGAUGAUCUUCAAAAGUGAAAAAAAAUUAAAUUGGAGGUUCACAGUUAUCCACACUGGUGGGUGGUCUGUGACAGGCUGCAGAGUGUGUGGUUUCUGGAGGAAAUGAUAAUUUUUAACUAAAGGGAUUUGAAUUCUACUUAAGUUUCUGAAAGUCACUGAAAAAAACCAGGAGUUUUCUUUUUUUUUUUUUUUAAACCAAAGUCUUAACAUUGUCGUACGAGGUUUCACAGGAAAAUGGGCCAAAGAAUACGAUUAAAUAUGCAAAAUGUUAAUCCUAUGGAAAAGGGUAUCCUGUCAUCUUGAUAUGCACAAGCAUAUUAAUGGUAAUAGGAAAAAAUGUGUGUAAUUUUCCUGUAUAUUCCUAUGUAGGUUGCACUAUUUUGAAUGAUACAAGCCUGAUAUUUUAAUUACCAAAUACCAUAAGAAGCUGUUUAUUAAUAUUUUAAACUUGUUAACCUAAAUAUAUAUACAGUAUACACACACGUGCGUCCAUACACUUGCCAACCUAGUCAUGUGUGAGUAAUCUCCCAGAGCCGUGGGACACAUUUCAGCAGUGCUUUAUUUUAAGUGAUUCUCUUCUCUCUUUUCCAAACCUCCUAGGUCCACAAAGCCUCUAGCAGCAUUUAUUGUAGUGUUUGAUACCUAUUACAGAAAAGGCUAAAGGACUUGCUGGGAUCAGGAUUGCGUUGUGCUAGGACACAUGAAAACCCUUCAGAGGAGAGUUCCUGUCAGAAAGAGCUGGAAAUGAUACUCACUAUAACUAACAAAGCCACAAGAAAAGGAUGUCUUCUCAUACUGUUUUGAAAAUUCAUGGCCAGAAGAGGGUCUGUUGGCCUGGUGACUAAAAUACUGUGUCAGCCUACAUGAUCAUCUGGUCAUUAAACGUAUUACUUAAGGUAGCUGAGGAAGGACACCUAAAAACCAAAAGUUCCUAGGAAAGAUCAGCUGGUGUGUGCACCAGUGGCCAGCCGUGUAUUCUUCCAUGCAGACUAGGCAGUUUUCAAAAUCGGUUUUGCACACAGACACAGUAUUUAGCAGCGGUGUUCAAGUCAGAAUCACUCUUCUCAGCACACAGGCUUUUGAGCUUGCUGUUACUGAUAAUGUUGAGAUUCUGACCAAGAUAAGAUUGUGGUAUUCAGCUUCUUUUCUAAAUUUACAGUGCUCUAACCAAAACUUGUGACAAUACCUUGAAAUAAUUUGUUUGAAGUAAUUCCUGAGCUUUUUUUCAGAGGGAGAGUUGGAUGUUAUUAAUUUUUUCACCUUAACCCAGACACAGAAAAUUCUGUAGGGUCAAAUUUUGUCUUCAGUUCGUUGCAAGUGUGUCUUGGAGAAGAAGUUGGUUCCAAGUCCUUUAUCUGCAAGAAGAAAACUUUUGGUUAGCUCAUUUUUACCUGGCCUAUAUCUGGCUUCCAAACUUAGGUAAAGCACCUUUUGACUUAAAUAGGGAUAUGUGAGUGAGUGAUGGGAGAGCAGAUCCUUAGUGCAGUUCAUGCUCAGAAUUAAAAAAAAAACCAACAAAACCAAACCUCAUGUUGCAAAGGUAUGAAACUUACUUCAUGUAAAAUUAUGUGCAGCUAGGAAGGAAACUAGUGCAAUUUUAUUAAGAACUGUUUACAGUUUAUACUUCAUAUCAGCUAUAAUAUUUUGAUAUAGUCUUACUCAUUUCAGAACGUCCAUUUUGCACUGAUGAAGAACAGCUUGAUCUCUCUGUCUUCACACCUCACGCCCACAUGCACAUGCACAGUAUAUCUUGUGUCUUCCCUGUUGAAACCAGAAGGUUCAAACAGAAUUCAUUAAUGUGUUAGGCAAACUCCUACCUGAUUCUUAACUAAGUAUGCUAUUUUUAUGCAAAAUUUGCUUCCAUACAUUUCAGGUUCUCUCAGAAGCACUUCACCUGUGAGCUAAUAAAGUUAAUUUUAAUUCAUCAAAUUCAAAUUUACACAAAGCCUGAAAGGCAUUUUGUGCUUCCUUUUAUCCUGUUUAACGAUUUUUGCUGGCCUAGAUGAAACAUUAUUUCUGUGCUGCUAAACAAAAACCACCGGAAAUAUUUUAAAAUCUCAAAUUACACCUUAAAAAACAUUUUUACCUGUUUACUUGAAUUAUGUAAAUUCAAUGUGUUGUUCUGAUUAGUCUUUGUAUACAUACAUGUAUAUAUAUAUAUAUAAGCUAUAUAUAAGCUUUAUAUAUAUGUGUAUGUAUAAAGUUUUGGGGGGAGAAUGAGUGGCAAGACAAAAAUUCAGUGUUAUGACAAAGAUUUUAUAACCAUUUAUUAACAGUUUCAAGUAAUGUAUUGCUAUUUUGAGUUUGAUUAGAAGUUAUUUGCAGUUGAACUCUGAAAAAUGAGAUGUAACUGAAAAUUGGUAUUGGAUCUUCAGUUGUCAUCCUAUGACCAGUUUAGUUUCAUUUGUAUCUUGAGAAAAUAAGAAUUCACAAUAUUAACUUAAGAUUUUGCUUAGAAAGGAAAUUAGUUAUUAGUACAGUUGGAAAAGUAUUCUUGUUCUAAUGGGAGGAAAAAAAUCUCCGAGUGUACUAAUAUGUACUGGUUACAUGGAGCACUAAUCUACAUUGCAGUAGAAGAAAUUUGCAUUCCAUAAAUAACAUCUUACCAGAAAUCUUGGAACCAUUUGAUUCCAUACACAGUAAAUUCAAAAGCCUAUCACUUCCAUUAUUUACUAGUGCAAUUUAUUGUAACGCUCUCAAGAGUGUAAUAUGUCAAACCGAAAGGUAAGUCAUAAAUUUCCAAUUUGCUAGCAAAGAGUAGUAGAGGUUUGAAGACCUCUCAGCACCUGGGGAAAUAAAUCAGAAUGUUAGAGUAGAAGUAAAAGAAUAUUGGUGAAUUGGAAUCAAGCAUGAAAUAAUUAAUGUUAACGAAAAUCCAGAAUUUCGUUAUAAAAUUCAUAGUCUAAUAGCUUCCUCAAAAGAAAGGGUUUGAGGAAAAGGAGAAUAAUUAAAAACUAAUUUUGACAUUCCAAUUACUGCCUGUUUUAUUAGAUAGGUUUAGCAAGCCAAAAUGAAUUUUAACACACAGGUAUCUGUACACACACAGUUUUAACUGUCAUGUUACAGCGACACACGUACACCCGGCUGCCCCUGCACCCCUGUCCCUGCCUCUGAAAUCCUGGUGGUAGUGGGCUCUGCCCAACAGCACAUGUUGUGGCUUGAAGGAGCUGGGAGUCACACGCUUCCCUCCCGCGUUACACGUACUGUCUCAUAGCAGUUCACCCGGACCAUGUUUUAACCCAGUGCAUGACUGAGUGCUAAUACUGUAUAAAUAUUUUGAAACAUAUCUAAAAAAAAUGUUUGCUUCAAACUUUUUACAAUAGAAAAAAUAUAUAAUUAUUAUGGUUGUCUUACAAAUUGUAUUGUGUUCUUCAUUUUUGUUAAAUAUGUAGAAAAACAUUAAGGGAAUGGGGGACUCGAAUGUCUGUGUGUACCGAAAUGUAUAUAACUAUUUGGGGAAAACACACGUGCCAAGUAUAACAUGAUGUAAAAAUUGUAAAUAUAUGAAAAAUUCAUUUUUCUAAUAAAGAUAAUUUCUGCCAGUUGAUAUGAAAAUGAA